AUGCCCGACCAUAAGGAACCUCUACCGAGUCGUCGUCACAUGUAUGCAUCUAAGAGACCACCCGACACCAUGUUGAAGCUCGAAUUUAGCAUUGACAGCUAG